AUCUAGAUACUUCCUGUGUGGAAGCCAGAUGUACCCUUUUCCCCUUGCACUUUACCCUUUUUCCCCUAUCCUCCAAAUAUCUCCAAAGAGAUUCUUCUUUCACACGUCACCUCAUCUUCUCCAUCACAAAAAUCCCUUCAAUUCAAUCCUACCGUUCGAUUUGUAACAAUCGCUUAUGGGACAAGAAGUCAGAAUCACCGAUUAUGACGUCAGCACCGCCAACCACGACGGCCGCGUGACGGCGUGGGAGGCCGGCCUGCCGGAAACCGCCGAUUUACCACCGCUGUCACAGAUUCUGUUAUCACCGGAGAUGGCGUCGGCGUUCAGCAUCUCACCGGAGCCUCACCGGACCAUGAUCGACGUCGAUCGGGCCUCUCGUGACACGCUAUCGAGUCUCCGAGGUCAGUCGGAAUCUCAUCUGAUGAAUAAAAUGAAUGAUUUUAGAUCCGUUAGUGAUGAGAGAGAAGAUGAGAUGGUUGUUGAAGGUGAGGAGAUUGUUGAUCUGGUUCGAGACGGUGGAGAUUCGCCGUCGAGGAAAUUCCGGCGAGUUGACGGUGGUGGUGGUGGUGGAGGAGAAGAAGAAGCUGAGUCAGCAAGGGCGAAUAAACGGAUUCGGUUAGUUUGGACUCCGCAGCUGCAUAAGCGGUUUGUUGAGGUUGUUGCGCAUUUAGGUGUGAAGAAUGCGGUACCGAAAACGAUUAUGCAGUUAAUGAAUGUUGAAGGAUUGACUAGAGAGAAUGUUGCUAGUCAUUUGCAGAAGUAUAGGCUGUAUUUGAAAAGGAUGCAGGGGUUAGGUAAUGAUGGGCCGUCUUGUUCGGAUAUCCCGUUUGCUUCGACUCCUGUUCCGAAGAGUGAUUUAGGCGGUUCGGGUGGUGGGAUUGGGAAUGAGAAUGGGCAGGUUCGGGUUCCGGUUCCAAUGCCCUAUCCGCCGCAGAUGGUGCCCAUGCCCUACCCACCGCCACAGAUUGUACCUAGUGCUGCAGCUGCUGGUGGAGGUGCUUAUCAUCAUGGGUUCGAGUAUCAUUCGCAUCAUCCAUAUAAUAUGAUGGUGCAGCCAAAAGAGUGGUCUGGAAACAACCUUGGGCCAGUUUUACCGUAUCAACAUAGUAUGACUCCAAACCAUAAAUAGAUUUCUGUAUCCAUCUGGGAUGAGUAUUUAUGUAUACAGAGGUACUGCAUGAUUCUACUUUCGAAUGGUAAGAUUGAGAACGUCUGCUAGAUGUAAGACUUGCAUUGAAAAUGUUUGAAGAGAUAUGUAAAGUGUGGUUUGAUUUGGGGUCAAUCUGGCUGUAUCGAAGCAGAAGACAGUUGUUGCGACAUGAUUGCCAAGGAUUGUUAGGUAUAUUCCUAACCCGUUUAUAUUCAUAAAUGUUGUUUUCAUGUUUUAACAACUAUUCAGUUUGAACCUUUAUGUACCACAGAUGUGUUGUAGAAUCUUUUUUUUU